AUGAACAAUUAUUGGAAACUAAUGUUGGUUGUUCUGGGAUUGUUAUCUUUGUCAUAUGCUUUUACCACUAUUGAAACAGAAAUUUUCCAAUUACAAAAUGAAAUAAGUACGAAAUAUGGCCCAGACAUGAACUUCUACAAAUUCUUGAAGUUACCUAAACUGCAGAAAUCUAGUACAAAGGAGAUUACCAAAAACUUAAGAAAGCUAUCCAAAAAGUACCACCCGGAUAAAAACCCCAAAUAUCGUAAAUUAUAUGAAAGGUUAAACCUCGCUACUCAAAUUCUUUCCAAUGGUUCCAAUCGUAAGAUUUAUGAUUAUUAUUUACAGAAUGGGUUUCCAAACUAUGAUUUCCAUAAGGGUGGCUUUUAUUUUACCAGAGUAAAGCCUAAGACGUGGUUUAUACUGGCUUUUAUUUGGAUAAUCAUUAAUAUUGGACAAUAUAUCAUUUCUGUUAUACAAUAUCGUUCCCAAAGAUCAAGAAUUGAAAGCUUCAUCAGUCAAUGUAAACAGCAGGACGAUACUAAUGGACUAGGAGUAAAAGAGCUAACGUUUAAACAACAUGAAGAGGAUGAGGGUAAAAAUUUGGUUGUAAGGUUUAGCGACGUCUAUGUUGUAGAGCCUGAUGGAAAUGAAACUCUGAUUUCACCAGAUACCUUAAACAAACCUUCAAUAAAGAAUUGUUUGUUCUGGAAAAUACCUGCUUCGAUUUGGAACGGGACGUUGGGCAGAUUUGUUGGCAGUACUCCAGAAGAAGAAAUAAUAAGGGAUAGUAAAAAGUAUGAUGGGGAGCAAACCAGAAAGAGGAACAAGGUAAAAAGGAACCCUGCGAAGAAAGGCCAAAAGAAAAUGGAAUUACCUAACGGCAAAGUGAUCUAUUCACGCAAAUGA